AUGGCCGGCCUCGUGCGUCUCCUCUGCGUCAUUGCUGUUCUGUUGGCUACGGCUGCUGCCUUUCUGCCGCCAUCGGCCAACAACACGGCGCUGUACGCAUGUGAUGAAGAGAUGUAUGCGUCGCUCACGGAUGCUGCUGAGGGUCUGGAGGCGUGUCUACGUGCGCCAGACUGUGGAUCGGGCCCGAUCUUUCUGAUGGAUGUGCCGUGCGCGUGCUCGGCUUGCAGCGCUGCGUUUGCACGGGUGGCGCGGAUGUACAACACGUUGGCCCGGACGGGCGCGUGUGCGGUGCAGCGGUACAAUGAUGGUGUUGCUGGAAGGGUGGCCAAGAUCCUGGCGCUGUAUCCGUGUCUUGUUACGGUCCAACCCGGCCCAGAGCGCGACGGAUCGCCGGCGGACUGGUGCCCCGAACCCGGGCGCUUGCUUUGCGGCAACUACCCGCGGCUCUCUGCAGCCGGUUUUCCGCUGGCCGGAGCCGACCGCACGGCUCAGUGCAAGGCGGCGCUAGGCGCGAUCUGCAACCCUAGCGUGGCGUCGCGGCACUAUCCUGUCAGUGAUUCACGGCAGAACGUGCCGCCGUACUGCGGCGUCGGCGCCUGCGACACCAACGGUGUUUGCUCGGUCCUCUCCAACGCAACGCAGAUGCCGAGCACGGCAACGCUUCCGCUGACUGCGGUGGUCUGCCAGGCCACCUCGCCAUAUGCUUCCGCGGUCACCGAGGGCUACGGCCUGGACCCAGAUGCGAUCGGCGUUGGCUUUCCGAACGCGUCGGACGCGACCGGCAUUGCCAACGCGCUUCCGUCGAUGCCGAGCUUUGCAAGGCCGCCCAUUGACUGGUUUGGGAGCGGCGACUACGAUACGACGGUGUGUAAGAGCGGCAUGAUCUGCCAGAACGGGGCGUUCUUUUCGAUUUGCUGGGCAGGAUGGACUUGUCCUGACGGCCCGUUUGCUUUCACCUUUGGGCCUACGCCGGAGGGCGUGUACUCGCCCAAAGGCAUUGCGCGGACGUUUGAUUGCGGUACGCUGAUGGUGUGCGGCGCCGAGAGCGCGACGCCGAUUCAGCUCUUCCCGGCCGUCAUUAGCCUCGCUCUCGUUGUCGCCCUCGGCCUUGGAUGCGGGGCAUGGCACGCGGUGCGCUGGCGGCGAACUCGGCGGCACACUGUGACAACCACCCCCAGCCCCAUGACGCCGCUGCUGCCAGCGAGUGGCAUCAACGGUCCGGUGCGGCGUGGGGCCAACGUCGAGUUCCGCGACGUUGUCGUCGACACCCCGAGGUCGGCGCGGGUCUCGAAGCGCAUUUUGCACGGAGUCUCUGGUUCGUUUGCCGCAGGCACGGUUACUGCGCUGAUGGGUGCGUCGGGUGCAGGCAAGUCAACACUGCUCGACGCGCUGCUCGGGCGGAUCCAGCUGACGUCUGGCUCGGUGGAGAUGAGCGGCAAGGCUGGCUUUGUGCCACAGGCUGACAUUAUGGUGCCGGAGCUGACGGUGCGGCAAGUGCUAGAGCAUGCGGCGGCGACGCGGCUGCCUUCGUCGCGAGUGCGACGCAAAGCAGUGGACAGGGUGCUCUCGCUUCUCUCACUGGAGCACGUGCAGGACUCGAAGAUCGGCGAUGCCACAUGGGGCGACCGCGGGGUGAGUGGCGGCGAACGCAAGCGGGUCUCCAUCGGCAUCGAGCUCAUCGAGCUGCCAGGCGUGCAGGUGUUGUUUUGCGACGAGCCGACGACCGGGCUUGACGCGGCGACUGCGCUGGACGUUAUGCAGUCGCUUCGCAAACUGGCUACCGUCACCGGACUCACAGUGGUUGCUGUUCUGCAUCAGCCGCGACCGGAAAUUCUGGAGGCAUGCGAUGCCGAGCUGCAUCUUGCCGGCGGCCGUGUGGUCCGUGACGCGUCGAUGUCUGUGGCGCCGUCCGAGGCGCGGCCGCGGCGGUCGUGGCGUAGCCGACUUCCAGGCAUGCAGCGGCUGGAGCAGCUGCGUCGGACGCUUGCUGCGCGGACUGCCUUUCCAGCGCCGAUGUGGCGGCAGACGUGGGCGUGCGCGAAGCGCGCAUUGCAGCAGUACACCGCAAAGCCGUCUCGGCUGGUGUGGCUGGUCAUUGUGCAUGCGGCGUCGGCGGCGGUUCUCGGCUGCGGCUUCCUGCAGAACAAGGGCUCGGGCCUGCUUCUUCCGCCGCUGCCUGCAGCGCUUGCGAACCAGUGCCCGCCAGUGGCGCAUGAGGCGUGCGCCACCGAGCCGAUCGAUUGGUUCAACAUGCGGCUUUCGUCGUUCUACCUCUCGCUCGCGCUGGGCUCGGCCGGAGUCGCUGCGGCAAUUUGGACAUUUGGCGGCGAGCGAGCAGUCUUUCGCCGCGAGUACACCGCAGGCGCGUCAUCAGUUGCCUAUGUGGUCGGCAAGUCGCUUGUCGACAUCCCGUUCAUGGCACUUGGCGCAGUCAUCUUUGCCGGCGUGUACUUGCCGAUGCUCCGGCCGGUCUCCAAUUGGGUCUGGCACACGCUGCUCUUCUUCUGCAUCGAGUUUACGGUCUACGGACUCGGGUACCUGCUCUCUGUGGUGGCUUCACCAUCGACAGCGCUGGUCGUCGGCAUUUCGUCGACCUUUGCGGCAGCCAUCCUCUCUGGUAUCGCGCCCAAGUACCGACACGUGGCUGACUCGUACUCGGCGCUGGUGGUGUUUUGGGAUGUCUCGUUCUCGCGGUACGUUGUCGAGGCGCUCAUCGGGCUGGAGGCCCAGGUGUACCUUGACGAGCCGGAUGGCGCGUUUGUCGAGAGCGUGAAGCGGUUUGCUACCGAGUACGGGUUCCGGCUCGACGCAUACGUCCUCGACGUUGUCGCGCUCGUCGGCCUCGGCAUGGUCACCCGGCUCCUAACCUGGUUUGCGCUAGUGAGCCAGGCUUGAAGCUCGAGCUAACGCUACCGCUGUUUGGAGCGAUGGCGGAAAAUCAUACAGAAGAAGGCGAGCAGCCGUAGGCCACCGCCGUACAAGGCCAUCCACUUGAGCGCGUUGGCAGUCACGCCGGCGUCGAUAUGGUAGCCGUAGUUGUUAGAGGCAUAGACCGAGAUCCAGUACAAGUCCGACGGGUGCGCGUUGUGGAUGACGAGUGAGGCCUCGGCGCGCCAGAUGGCUUCCGAGUAGAAGAACGAGUACGUCGGCGUCCGCUGGAAGGCCAUGCCAGAGAAAACGCCCAUGACCAUGGCACAGAGGACCGAGGUGACGGCGGCGUUGGAGCGGGCGAGGACAAACGAGGUGAGAUAGCCCAGGCCAAAGUUUGUCCAAAGCAUCAUAAAGGUGAGCGCAAA